GCACUUGAGGGUUUGAUUUUCUUUCAAUGUCUCCUUCGAGGGUGAUGCACUCAAUAUUUCGUGCGACAAAAGACCUGGUGAUGACGUGUAUUCCAGGGAGAAGUUUGAAGACUGUGUUGGAGAUGAUGUAGGUACUGGAGCUGGUAAUAUACUGGUCCAGAGUCAGGCAGGGCUGUCCGGGACAGGAGAUACCAGCAGGCGAUGUUGGAGU